CUCCGUCCGCAUCCGCCGGGGCYGGAGCGGGGCGGGAUCGGSAUGUCGGUGGGUUCGGGGCUGGAGCGGCCGCAGGUGGUGUCGCACGUCCAGCAGGGGCUGAGCUACACGGUGUUCGACUGCAAGUGGGUGCCCCGCAGCGCCCGGCUGCUGUGCCUGGGCAGCGCCGCCCGCGGCACCGGCCUCAUCCAGCUCUACGAGCUGCACGGAGCCCGCCUGCAGCUGCUGAGGGAGAUCGAAAAGCCCAAACCUAUAAAAUGUGGAACUUUUGGUGCUACRUCUCUGCAGCAAAGAUACUUAGCUACAGGAGAUUUUGAUGGAAACCUUAAUAUAUGGAAUUUAGAAGCUCCUGAAAUACCAGUGUAUUCUGUGAAAGGUCAUAAGGAAAUCAUAAACAGUAUAGAUGGUGUAGGUGGCUUAGGAAUUGGGGAAGGUGCACCAGAAAUUGUGACUGGCAGUCGAGAUGGAACUGUGAAGGUGUGGGACCCRAGGCAGAAAGACACUCCUGUGGCUAAUAUGGAACCUGUACAGGGRGAGAGCAAAAGAGACUGCUGGACUGUGGCAUUUGGCAAUGCUUACAAUCAAGAGGAACGUGUUGUAUGUGCUGGAUAUGACAAUGGGGACAUUAAAUUGUUUGACUUAAAAACCAUGUCACUGCGAUGGGAAACCAACAUUAAGAAUGGGGUUUGCAGUGUGGAGUUUGAUAGAAAAGAUAUAAACAUGAAUAAGCUGGUGGCCACAUCRCUUGAGGGAAAAUUCCAUGUUUUUGAUAUGAGAACUCAGCAUCCAACCAAAGGUUUUGCUUCUGUUUCAGAGAAGGCACAAAAAUCUACCAUUUGGCAGGUUCGGCACCUGCCACAGAACAGAGAUAUAUUUAUGACAAGUGGAGGAUCUGGGAGCCUUCAUCUCUGGAAAUACGAGUACCCAGCCCAGCGCUCCAAGAAGGACUCUGAAGGAUCUGAGAUGGGGGUGGCAGGGUCUGUUAAUCUCUUGCAGAACGUGACUCUGUCAACACAGCCCAUCUCCAGCCUGGACUGGAGCCCUGACAAAAAGGGACUUUGUGUUUGUGGAGCCUUUGACCAAACUGUGAGGGUGCUGAUAGUUACAAAGCUUAACAAAAUUUGACAAGAAAGCUAGAAUUUCUGAUGUGAAAGCAAUAUAGUUUGCAGUCUGUAAAUAUGGAAGGGGGAMCCCUUCUGUUUCUAAUUUAAUUUCUUCCAUAUUAAAACUGGAUUAAAGAAAUAGAAGCCAGAUCUUUCUAUUGAAAGUUCAGAUAUGUGCAAUUAGAGUUGUUUGGCUGAUUGUGCUGUGAUGACUUGAAGUUGCCUGUGCACAAAAGCCCUUCUAGAAAUGUGAAUUUACACUUAAAAUAAAAUCUACACUGUGCCUUUGUGUUAGCACAGCUCUGUAAUUUCAGAGUUCCCUUGUGUUCAGUUUAUUCAUAGUGCAAAUCUCUUCACACUUGUUAAAUGGUUUGGCUUUUGCAUAUAUAGUAUUGUCCAUGUGCACUUUCAUGGSAACAACUACAGAAAUUCCUUGUGCUAUUGGAUGUAUUAAUUAGAAUGUUUGUUAAAGUGACUUAGGAUUCUUUAAUACAGUAGAGGAAUGAUAACAAUAUUCAGGUUUAAUAGAGUAAGGUUUUUACUGAAGAUCAUAUUGAAAUUAAACUAUGGAGCCAAAUGCACUGGUUUAUUACUUUAGUUUGGUUUCCUAACAAGUUUAUAUGUUUUGUUGUUUUUAUAUGUUUUCAACUUGAUAUUCUACAAAUAAAAUUAUAUGUAGUGUUUUCUUAAUAUGAACAAAAUAUAUUAUUCAAAUAUCCAGAGAUUUGGAGAAGUAAUGUAUUUUUAUAGUUUUACAAGAACAGUGGGCAGUAGUUAGACAAAACUUCCCUCAUUUUACAGCAAAAGUUGCUAAAAGUUACCUCCAUUGAGAAAACAUUUAUAAGGU